AUGGAGAAGGCCAUCGACAGGCAGCGGGUCCUGCUGCGGCACCUCAACCCCGCGGCGGCGGCGGCGAGCCCCGCCCCGCCCGCCAUCUCCGCGAGCGCGUGCGCGGCGGGGGACAGCGCGGCGUACCACCGGACGCCGGCCUUCGCCGACGACGUCGUCAUCGUCGCUGCUUACAGGACGGCGAUUUGCAAGGCCAAGAGAGGUGGUUUCAAGGAUACCUUCGCUGAGGACCUCUUGGUUCCUGUCUUCAAGGCUUUGGUAGACAAGACGAAGCUGGACCCAAGUGAAGUUGGCGACAUUGUUGUCGGUACUGUCUUAGCUCCUGGUUCCCAGAGGGCAAUCGAAUGCAGAAUGGCUGCACUCUAUGCUGGUUUCCCUGACACUGUUCCUCUUAAGACUGUAAACAGGCAAUGCUCUUCUGGCCUUCAGGCAGUUGCAGACGUUGCUACUGCUAUUAAAGCAGGACUCUAUGACAUUGGUAUUGCUGCUGGUUUGGAGUCCAUGACUGUGAAUAAAGUUAAUCUUAUUGGGGAAGUGAACCCCAAAGUUGAGCUAUUUUCUCAAGCACGCGAUUGCCUUCUCCCAAUGGGCCUCACAUCUGAGAAUGUUGCACACCGUUUUGGCAUAACACGACUGGAGCAAGAUCAAGCUGCUGUUGAGUCACACAGAAAGGCUGCUGCCGCAGCAGCUGCUGGUAAAUUCAAAGAGGAAAUUGUGCCAGUUCAUACAAAGAUUAUUGAUCCAAAAACUGGUGAGGAAAAGAAGAUCGUAGUCUCAGCGGAUGAUGGAAUCCGAGCGGAUACUUCACUUGCAGUCCUGUCAAAACUCAAACCAGCAUUUUCAAAGGAUGGCACCACCACUGCUGGGAAUGCAAGCCAAUUGAGCGAUGGCGCUGGGGCUGUCUUGCUAAUGAGACGGGAUGUUGCUAUGAAAAAGGGUCUUCCAAUUCUUGGUGUCUUUAGGACCUUUGCUGCUGUCGGAGUUGAUCCAGCUGUAAUGGGUAUUGGUCCUGCCGUUGCAAUCCCUGCAGCAGUGAAAGCUGCUGGCCUCCAGAUGGAUGACAUUGAUCUAUUUGAAAUCAAUGAGGCUUUUGCAUCUCAGUAUGUCUACUGCUGCAAGAAGUUGGAACUUGAUCCUGCUAAAGUCAAUGUUAAUGGCGGUGCAAUGGCUCUUGGACAUCCAUUGGGUUGUACAGGUGCACGGUGCGUCAGUACUCUUCUCAAUGAGAUGAAGCGCCGUGGCAAGGAUUGCCGGUUCGGAGUGAUUUCUAUGUGCAUAGGUUCUGGGAUGGGUGCUGCUGCUGUAUUGGAGCGGGGAGACGGCGUCGAUGAGCUCACCAAUGCUCGGGGAAUCCCAUCCCAUAACUGGCUUUCCAAGGACGCGAUGUAA